CUCCGUGUCCUUACCCGCCUUGUCAGAUAAUCCCCGACUUAUGUCAGACGCAGACCCAACACACGGACAUUCAGUCAAAACAACUAGGCGAGUAUAACACACGAACGAACACCUGUUGAGUACACUUUAGAUACUAAACUACGAAAGAGUAGUCGAGUUCGUGGGUAGUCGGUUAGCCAUCAAAGUUGAAAGUCAGACAAGGGUUUUCGAGCAGACGAUCCACUAAUCGGCUAUCCUUGUACAGCAUCCUCAUGAGGCAUGGUAGCUCGACCACGCUGAGGGUAUUGGUGUUGGGGGGACAGGCGGUUGGCAAAUCAGCUGUGACAGUUCGUUUUCUCACAAGACGGUUUAUUGGAGAGUAUAACUCUACCAUAGAUCUGGUGUAUCGCUCGGCUAUCAGGCACGAUGACAUCGAGACAGAUGUGGAAAUCCUGGAUUGGUCCUCGCACAAGGGCGAUAACUACAUUCCGGCUGACCGACAAAUGAAUUGGGCCGACGCCUUCGUCAUAGUGUACAGCAUAUGUGACCGAAGCUCCUUCUACUGGGCAAAAAUGUUGAUCGAUCUUAUUAGGAGGAUGCCCUCUUAUUUGCCCGUUCUCGUCAUUGCUAACAAGAGGGACUUGGAGUGUCACCGGACCGUAGAUAUAGCCGAGGGUCACCAUUUGGCGCUUCAGCAUGGCUGUCAGUAUUAUGAAGUCUCUGCCGCGGACAGCCACGUCAGCAUAAACAUCGCAUUCCACUCUCUACUGCGGGAGGCGAAAUUGGUCCAGCAACACAGGACACCGUCUUUAAAACGCCGAAAGAGUUCGUUGAUAUCAGUCUCAAAGAAACUUGGAGCUAUGUUUGGUAAAAUCACGAAAGACAACAACGAAGUUGAAAAGAAGCGCGGAACUAUCUGAAAUGACACACGUACUUAAUACAUAUAUGCAUACAGAUUGUGAUUCUUGUACAUAAUUCCAAUUUUUGAUGUUGUAAACGUUAAUAAAAUAUACACGAUGACGUAUGGACAAAUUUAUUUAAAAUGAGAUAUAUGGUAAACUUUACAUCAGGCAUAUUUGGCACAAUCAGAGGCUAAAUCACAGGUUUUUGUCAGACAGCCAGUUUUUCGUCUUUAUUAUGUAGUUUUGCUUUUGAUACAAAUGCAUGCAUAAGUGGAACAGUAAGAGGUGAGUACCACGAAACAUUCCGGUAUAUGGCUUAAAAGUUGUAAAUAUUGUACAGAGUAUUGUAAAAUAGAUAGGUCCAUCUUUCAUUAGGCCUAGGCCUACACUGAUAUCAGCUUUUAUGUCGUCACUUAGGCUCUGACGUUAUCCAUUUUAAAAAAGGAAAACUUAACUAUUCGUUUUAAGUGCACUUGCAUGAUGCUUACCGGUACUCAGUAAACAGUAUACAUCUUGAAUUAUUUUGCCUACAAUAUAAACCGUGUGAGCAAAAACUUGACGUCAAACGCGAAGGUAACUUUAAGAACUAUGAAUGACUGAAUAAGAUUAUAAAUGUCCUGAUGCAACC